CGGCACUUUCUUCUUGCUCCAAGGCUCCCCGUCUCUUUUCCGUAUUUCCUUGUGCUUCUCCCCCAGCCCGUCCAAUAUUUGAACCCUUUCAGUCUCCUUUUUUCUCGCUCUUGAAGGCUCCUCUUCACCCACUUGGACUCCAACGUUACCCGUCGUAGCUCGGUGCGUUAUUUUGCGCGAGGGAUUUUCUGUGCUGGAAUAAAAUUGAGCCUGCUCUACGGAGAAUCAACAAUUGUUCUCCUCUUGGCGCCCAUUUACCUGCAUAUCUAUCUGGGGGGGACGGACUCUCUAAUACUACAAAAUCGACAUAUCCUCUCAAUCCAUCGUCAACUUAUUCCGGCUUCACUCCGUCGCCAUGAAUAUCCAAUAACCGCUGUCGUCCCAUCCACUCUCUCCUCUUCUCUCCUAUCAGUCAAUCGAUCAAUUGGAAUCCCCGUCGCAAUCCCUUCGCGACGUUGCCACUCACCUGACUCUAAUUCGUCCUACGGUCAAAUCUCUCAGAGAAGCUUUGAUAUCUCCCUAUUCUGUCCACUUUUCAGCGCAACCCAGGCAGAUCUGUCCGCUUCAUAGGUCAUUUCAGGGUUCAUUCUCGGCUAGGACGUUUGUUGGUCAAGCGUAAGCGCCUCAUUCUGUCACACGGCUGGCCUGGCAUCCAAGCUCGUCUAUCAAUCUCGACCCUUUGGUCAACAUACCGCAUUUACACUCAUCAAUCACCCAUCAUGGGCCAUACUUCCGACUCGGAACCUGCAAAACGAAAGCGUGAUGUCGAUGAUGCCGGUGGUCAAGGUCGCGCUCAGCACGCACCUACAUCUCUUCAGCAAGGUAUGUCUAGUAUGACAACAGCCGUCAAAGGCUGCACCAUAUUGUGUCGCCUCAAAUCCUGAGACGUUUCGUUUGUAGCACCACAUACGAGACUGUCUUGUUUGCCUUGACCUCGCCGUUGCACACUUGCAUGUGUCUUCGUGUCUUCUACAUUCUUCAAUGCAUGUCGUCGCCUGAUGGCACGCGCAAACGAGACGGCACUUGAAAAGCCGAUGUUCUUGGUUUGACUCCUCGCCGGAAGUAGCGUUCAGCUCGACUCCUCCAGGGACGCACAUGCUUGUUGCUUUUGUAUCCGGCUUUUCUGUCUUGGUGCGCUGGCACAGCUUGUUCGCUUGGAGGGUAUGCUAACCCAACCUCAAAGGCGUUCCCGGUUAUAUCCACUAUCUCCCGAGAUCAAAUGCAUCGCAUUUGAGCCUCGUACAAGGUGACGCAGACACAUUUGCCGACAUCAUCGGUCUGAUUGGCGAAUAUGAGAACGUGUUGGACAGGCAUGAGAGUCUUGCAGCAAGUCUUGGGGCUAAACUUACCGGUCCAAGACUUUUGAGAGGCAUUGAGAAGUUUUUCGAUGGACCAAUCAAGACGACACCACUUCAGCCCUUCUCCAACCCUAUAAGUUGGCUGGACGUUGUCAGUUUUGCGAGAUCAAACCCAAAGGAUUUCACCCUCGUUCAAAAGGCGGAUGGCUCCCGAUGCUGCCAGUUUGUUCUCAAGGGCUCACAGGUGGAGAUUAUGGAGGACGAUUGGCGUUUGGUAUGGUCUGGCGCUUUAGAUCGGUUCCCCCUGGAUCACCCCCUUGAAGAGGAUGAGACGGCAGAACUGGCGACAUUGGAUAUUCUCGAACAAAGAACAUCAAUUCUGUACAAGAAGGCUGACGAAGUGGCGGCAAGAGCCCGUAUACUUAACCAUCGGCUGGGGCAGAGGAAGCAGGAUAUUCGUCGACGCAGGAGCACACAGGACACACCGCCGUCACGAUAUCAGCCCACUAACAGCACUGGCAGUAGCAGUUCACAGCGAACGGCCAACUUUAGCGCCGGUUAUGAUUUACAUGCAGAUUUGCUGCAGCAGUUUCUCGCAGCUUCAGCUUCACCACCGCCAUCUCGGUCAACUUCAGUUACAGGAAUCCCUAUAACCACUUUGAGUCAACCAUCUCCAUCGCACAGCACAACCCACUCUCAAGCGCACGGUCCGAGGUACAGUGGCCAUGCAGCAGAGACAACGAUGCAACCUGUGAUGGACAGCCGCGAGGCAGCUUUCCGGUCUCUUAUUACACAAAGGACUGACCAGCUGGGUAAGGGGGAUGUGAUCAACCCACCGUGCGAUCGCUGUCGGCGACUAAGGGUUGAAUGUGUUAAGCAUUUGACAGCAUGCUCAGGAUGUACCAAAAAGCAUGCAAAAUGCAGUUGGAAAACAGUCACAGAUGAUGAGUUCCGACAACUCAAGCGAGACAUGGGUCUCAGGGAUGAAAUGGAUGUUGAUGGGCAAUCAGACAGUGGACGAGGUCCUGACACAUUAGACCCCAAAGACGGACAUUCGAGUCGACUUGGGGAGAGGCAAGAAGCAGGCAGAACGUCCGGGGAUAGAACACCAGGAACACACGGUACGGAUGAAGGUUCGAGGCCUCCUAGUCGGGACAACGGGCAUCUUCCCAGUACAAUGGAGCCGUCGACCGCAUCGAUGCACCGAUUCGAUCUGAGCGCAGAACGACAUCGGCUCCCUUUUGGAAUGGGGCAAUCAGCCAGGUCGGAUCACAGCAACCAUUCGGUCGAAGCAUUAGCACCUGGAUCGAUAGCCACGGGGUUGGCGAGUUCGCUGGCAACACCUUCGAACAGUACGUAUAGGGGUAGUGAUGGUUCGUUGAAUCCUUCAGCCAGCUGAUACUGCAUCAGUCAGAAUAGCCCCGCUGGCGUUUUACGCAUGAAAGUACCGACUUGUCAGAGUCAACACAUGGAGAUGGCUUGACAAGGAAGAGAGUGUGCGAGAAGAAGUCAACGUUUUAUGAAUAUAAUGAAUAUAAAGACAUUUAAAAUCAUGUCCAAGCAUAUCAUCGCAUUUAAAGAACUGC